AUGGGGCAGCUAACAACAUAUCAAAAUACUAGACCUGCAGGCGCUCUCCCCAACGAUACAGAGAAGAACCAAGUUAAUGCAGUUACACUCAAAAACGGGAAGGAACUAGAGGAUGUGCCAAAGAAGAGAAAGGACAAGCCUAUACCCGAGGGGGAAUUGAUUCCUAAAGCAACACACGAGUCAAAGAAAGAUGAAGCAAGUUCAGAAGCAGUGGAGACUGCAAGGCCACCACCACCUUUCCCCCAGAGAUCGCAGAAAAAGAAUGAUGAUCGUAUGUUCAGCAAAUUUCUCUCUAAGUACACAAAAGAUAUAGUGGCUCACCAGAGGAGAUUGACUGAAUUCGAGACAAUUGCACUUACUGAGGAGUGCACUUCAAGGGUCCAGAACAAGCUUCCUCAAAAGCUCAAGGAUCCUGGCAGCUUCACCAUCCAUGUGCGAAUUGGUAAUAUUGAUGUGGGCCGUGCACAUUGUGAUUUGGGGGCAAGCAUAAAUCUGAUGCCCUUGUCCUUGUUCAAGCAAUUGGGUCUGGGGGCGCCAAGACCAACUACUGUGAUGUUGCAGCUGGCUGACAGGUCCAUAGCACACCCUGAGGGGGUGAUUGAAGAGGUAUUGCUGCAAAUUGGGAAAUUCAUCUUCCCUGCGAACUUCAUUAUCCUAGAUUAUGAGGCUGAUGAACUAGUUCCAAUCAUAUUGGGAUGA